AUGGACCCUGACCAGCUCCACACCAACACCUCGUGUCAACUUCUUCCCGAUCCCCGAUCGGUGAUCUACCUUCAUCCCCUCACCGUUGCCUCGGUGACCACAGCGUCUGACGACACAUGGACGCAGAUCACCGCGCGCUUAGGCAGGUCCGAGACCGAGGCAGGAAGCGCUCGCGUGCAAGCCGAAGGAUGUGCGGCGGGCAGAUCCGAUGGUCAACCGCAGGCUGCAAUGCGGCAGAGAAGCGAGGGCGGCGCUAGUCCCAAUGGCACCAGACACCCCGCACGUCGUCGGAUGAAAGUCUUCCGCGUCAGCCACUACUAG